CUUUUGUGUAAAUACAAUUCUGUUCCAGUCACACUUGCCAUCUCAGGUCUUUUAACCUUGAUUCCGUUCGUUAGUACUUGCACGUUAGGCAGAGUACGAUUAGGGCCAUAAGCGGUGAAGAAGUUUUAUUUAUUACACUUAGAUCCUGCAUGAUCCGAAGCAAUGUAAUAAUAUCAGAAAGCUAACGUUAAGAGAUGAAUAGCUUUAUUGAAGCUCAUCAAUAAAUCAUCCAUGGGAUUGGACAUUGGACGAAAGCCUCAAGGGCAUUACCUGGUUGUCCUAUAAAGUAAGGGUUAACAUUUCUUGUUGCAACUGGCGGCGCGUAUGUAAAUUUGAUUACUACUGUGAGGUUAUUUGUUAUUAUAGUUGAUGGCGUCCAUCCAACUUCGCAUGCAAAGUUUAUCCUCAAAGCUCUUGAAAGAGGCUCAGAAGUUUGCUGACUAUAACAUCCGUUCAUAUUUUAUACGAAAGAUAAAUAGAACUUUCGAAAAACUUGGUGAAAUCAAGGACCAAGGUGUAUUAGAAGCAGAAUUGAGAAAAAAUGAAGAUUUGCUAGAAGUUUUACAGAGACAAACUACUCUUAGCAAUAUGUACAAAACUAAAAAAAGCGUGAUUGAAUGAAAUUUCGAGAGUUGUCUUGCUUCAGUUCUUAAUUGUAUUUUAUUUUAAUAAAUAAUAGACGAAUAAACUACCUUUUAUGAAUUGCUUACUAGCCCUACAACUUUAAUCCCUGAUAUAUUUUACAGCUUCACAUCUUGAAGAUGGAUCUGAAGUCAAGUUUAACUAAAUUCUUGUCAAUGCACGUCAAGAACUCUAGUUACCAGUUUGAUGAAGAGAUAAUCACCUACUUGGAAAGUAUUGUAGAAAGCUGUGAUUAUGAUGAGCUUGACGAAGUAGAAUUCCUCACUAUGUGUGGUGCUUACAUCCCUCAACUUAUUGAGAUACCCAAGGAAAUAUUCUUAGAAUGGUUUUCUUCAGUCAGUGAUUCAAUCAAAAGUAAGUCACAAGCACAUGGUACCGGUAAUUCGGAUCAUCAAAAUACUCCAAUUUCAUCAAAUAAUUCUAAGGAGAUAAAGAAGAAUUACGAACUGAAAGACCAAAAUACUGACCGAAUUUGUGAACACUGUUGUACAAAUUGCAGGCAAAUCGAUGCGGAUGAAUCUGUUAAAACAUUAGCUUCAAUCCUACCUGAUGCUUGCCGAAAUAUUCUCAAGGAUUGUUUACAAACAACUAAUAACAAUGUCGAUGAAGCAGUUCUACUCGCAUUGAAUCGGAUCACACUGAAUAGUAAUAGUAAUAAUAACAGUGAUAACACAACUGGUAAAGAAUUGAAUACUUCAAAAAGAAAUAAAACCAUAGUCACCGCCUCAAAGUCAUCACCGUCAACAACCACAACAACAACAACAGCUGAUAUCGAUGAGAAACUUGAUGAAAAGGCGAAAUCUUUAGUUCUUGAUCGUUAUGACUUCGUAUCAGAAAUUGGUGGUGGUGGUGGUGGUGGUCAGCUGGCAAAACCAAAAUUACCAAGUGUAUGUUUUGUUUAUUGUUUAACUAGUGUUUCAUCCUAAAAUAUGUGUGUAAAACUUGGCCACUGUGAUAGUAAGUAAUUCCGUAUCAGUUUGUUUAUUAGAUGGAUAUAUCACAUACAGUCAGUGAAACAGUAUUAUUAUAUACUGGAUGUGAGAAGGUUUCGAACAAAAUUUAUAUUAUUUAUUGUUCAUAUUCAUAUCGCCAGUUAUAAUCACACGACUUUGAAAUUUAAGUUUGUUUUUAUAGUUUUCCUCAUUCCUUCCUAUUCGUCGUCCUAGGGGUAGUAGAAUUUUCCAGAUGUGAGGGUGGGUGGACAACUGUUGAAUCAUUUGUAUUACACGUACUCUCUUCAGUUGAUUCGAUAAAUAAAGCUUCUGUUAUCAAUCAAUCUCUCCCUUCAUCCUGUUAUAUUAGAUUAGAUUUUAGAACUAUCAUUUUAUCCCAUCAUCCUGUUGUAUGGUUGGUUGUGUGUUGGUUGUGCAUUUGCAUGUAGUGAGUGCUAUAGCUGAACUAACUAUUCUCCAGAUUUCUUAUCUUACUCGGGUCCGUUAUCUUGACCGAUAUUUGGAUUUCCGAUGAUUUUACCUCACGUCAGUAAAAAAUAGGAUUGGUGAAAUGUCUAGGUAAUAGAGCAAAAAGAAACUAAAUGGUACCAAGGGAAAUCUAAGACAGAAAGUGAGGCAUAUGAGAGAAGCUUUAAAACUUAAUAACUACCCUGAUAAAUUAAUAAGGAAGUAUGUAGGGAAAUGUAAAAAUAAGAUAAGUAAUGAUAGUAGUGAUAGUGAUAAUAAUAAUAAUAGUAAUAUCAAUGACGACAUGGAUGUCAAACAUGCACAGAAUGAUGACAACACCAACAAAAAAGGAAUCUAAAUCAUCAGUAGUAAGUCCAUAGAAGGAAGGAACCUCGGAAACCCUACGGCGGAGAAUUCUUAACAAUGCAGGCAGGAAUAAAAGUGGCUGGCAUUCAAACUGCCCACAAACUCAAUUAGAAAUAAGCUUUUUCGAUUAAAGGAUCAAUCCUGUGGAGCCAAUUUAAUGAAACAAUUUAGUUUAUCUAAUACCCUGCUGCUUGAAUGAUUGUGUCAGGUCAAAUGCAUAGGUCAAAGUAGGAGAAUAGUGUCAGUCAAUCAGUCAGACUAGCGAAGCACAAAAAACCUUGCAGCAAAAUCUAGAUUAGUUCACCCUAAUGAAAUAAGAAACCUGGAGAAUAGUUAGUUCAGCUACAGCACUCACAACAUGUAAUUACACACACACAACCAACAAUGCAAUAGGAUGAUGGGAUAAGAUGACAGUUCGUUCUAAAAUCUAAUCUAAUGAAAUAGGGUGGAGGGGCAGACUGAUAACAGAACAGAAGCGUUAUUUAUCGAGUCAACUGAAGAGAAUACGUGUAAUAUGAAUGAUUCGACACCUGUCUCCUUCUUCUAUAUGGGUGAGAAACUUGGCCAGCGUGUCACAGAAGCAUUUCCAACAGGUCAGUGCAGACUUUUAUCAAUAGGUGCAUCCGCUCCAUAUUGAGGGUCAAAUGGCCGGCCAGUAAGAAUUAGCCAGAAGAAAUAGCUCUUCAGUGGAACGAUCCGAGAUGGAUUGAUCGGGUAUACACGCCAGUGAGGAGGAGGAGGCUGUCGGUCGAAUGACAUCAAGCUCAAUCAAUACAGGCUAUCACCCAAUUGGAAUCCGAACGGGAAGCGACCACUGGGUGGUGAGUGCGAGGGUGACAUGGAGAUGGUGUGUUGGAGAGAAGGAGUAGGAGAUGAGAUGUUAUGGGCGAUCUGCGGGUUAGCCAGAUGAAGUGGACAGUGAAUAUGUGUUGUUGAAGCCCUAUGUUCCACUCGGCACCCAAGGGAAUAAUAUAUAUAUAUAUAUCUUGUGAGGAACACCCUCGCUGUGUAAAGGCAGUGAACACAACUUAGCAACUAAUCUAUCUCGGAUUCAAAUCACACUCUGUCUGCAUCGAUUUGAAUAACUGGCUACCAUCAUAAACCUCUUUGCGCACACAUUAGGUACGUAAUCAUAAGUAAGUAAAUCCUGUAUUGACUAUUUGCUUUAUUAAUCUAUUUUCUGAUUUUAAUUUAUUGACUUGGAAUAAUUACAUAAUUAAUUCAAUAGAAUGAUUUAUUGUUUAUCGAUCAGUUUAAAGAAUAAAUUCGAAUUACAAAUUCAAGUAAGAUAGGGAAAUA